CAUAAACCCACAUAUUAAACAUCUAGCUAGAGAAAGAGACACCUUUUAGUAAGGGAGUUUGAAGUUUCAACAUGGCGAAGUACGAGCAGUUCAGAGGCCAACCGAGACUCCCCAAAUUCGCAAUCCCCAAACGUUAUGAUCUCUAUCUCAAACCAGACCUCAUCACCUGCAAAUUCAACGGCACCGUUCAAAUCUCCGUUGACGUUGUCGCCGAAACUAAAUUCAUCGUCCUCAAUGCCGCCGACCUCGCCGUUGACCGCGCCUCUGUCCGAUUCAAAUCCUCAAACGGUUCCAAGGUAUUGGAGGCUUUGGAGGUUGAAAUGUUUGCACAAGAUGAGAUUAUGGUGGCGGAGUUUGCUGAGAAUCUUCCACAUGGAGUUGGGGUUUUGAGUAUUGCUUUUGAAGGAACCCUAAGUGAAAAAAUGAAAGGCUUCUACAGAAGCACUUAUGAGCAUAAUGGGGAGAAGAAGAACAUGGCAGUGACACAGUUUGAACCAGCCGAUGGCAGACGCUGCUUUCCGUGCUGGGAUGAACCUGCUUGUAAGGCCACAUUCAAGGUCACACUGGAGGUGCCAUCUGAUUUAGUAGCCCUUUCCAACAUGCCAGUCACAGAAGAAAAGGUGGAUGGCAAUCUCAAGACAGUUUACUAUCAGGAAUCACCAAUCAUGUCUACAUAUUUGGUUGCUGUUGUCAUUGGUUUAUUUGAUUAUGUGGAAGAUCAUACAUCUGAUGGGAUUCCAGUUCGGGUAUACUGCCAGGUUGGCAAGGCAAAACAAGGGAAGUUCGCUUUAGAUGUUGCUGUCAAGACGCUUGAUUUAUACAAAGAAUACUUUGCUUUUCCAUAUUCGUUACCCAAAUUGGAUAUGAUUGCAAUCCCUGAUUUUGCCGCUGGGGCCAUGGAGAAUUAUGGUCUAGUUACAUACCGUGAGACAGCUUUGCUCUAUGAUGAUAAACACUCUGCUGCUGCUAACAAGCAAGGCGUUGCAAAUGUGAUAGCCCAUGAACUUGCACACCAGUGGUUUGGCAACCUUGUGACAAUGGAAUGGUGGACGCAUCUAUGGCUGAAUGAGGGAUUUGCAACAUGGGUAAGCUAUUUAGCUACUGAUAGCUUGUUCCCAGAAUGGAAAAUAUGGACUCAGUUUCUUGAGGAAUGUAAUCAUGGUCUUCGGUUGGACGGGCUUGAAGAAUCACAUCCAAUUGAGGUCGAGAUAAAUCAUGCUGGUGAGAUUGAUGAAAUAUUUGAUUCGAUUAGCUACAGAAAAGGUGCAUCUCUGAUCCAGAUGUUGCAAAGCUAUCUUGGUCCUGAACCUUUUCAGAGGGCACUUGCUUCAUACAUAAAAAAAUAUGCUUGCUCAAAUGCAAAGACAGAAGACUUAUGGACCGUCCUUGAGGAAGAAUCUGGUGAACCUGUGAACAAGCUAAUGAAUUCAUGGACCAAGCAAAAAGGCUACCCAGUUGUCUCUGUUAAAGUCAAAGCACAACACUUGGAGUUUGAGCAGUCGCAAUUUUUGUCGAGUGGUUCGCAUGGGGAUGGGCAAUGGAUCGUUCCAAUAACCUUAUGUUGUGGCUCAUAUGAUAUUCGCAAGAAUUUUCUAUUGCAAGAAAAAUCUGGAAGUGUUGAUAUAGAGGAAUGUGCUUGGAUAAAAAUUAAUGUAAACCAGACAGGUUUCUACAGGGUGAAAUAUGAUGAGGACCUGGCAGGCAGGCUGAGACAUGCAAUAGAGAGCAAGUGCUUGUCUGCAACAGAUAGAUAUGGCAUUUUGGAUGAUUCUUUUGCCUUGAGCAUGGCUUGCCAACAGUCUUUGUCCUCUUUGCUCACCUUGAUGAGCGCUUACAGGGAGGAACUGGAUUAUACUGUUCUGUCUAAUUUGAUUGAUAUAAGUUCUAAAGUUGCAAGAAUUGCAGCCGAUGCCACACCUGAAUUGUUGGAUAACAUUAAACAAUUUUUCAUUAGCCUUUUCCAGAAUUCUGCGGAAAAACUUGGCUGGGAUCCUAAACAUGGUGAGAGCCAUUUAGACGCCAUGUUGAGAGGGGAGUUAUUGGUUGCUCUGGUUGAGUUUGGACAUGAUGUUACACAAAAUGAAGCGAUUAGGCGUUUUAAUGCAUUCUUGGAUGACAGAAAUUCACCUCUUCUACCUCCUGAUUUGAGAAGGGCAGCAUAUGUGGCAGUCAUGCAAAAAGUCAGUACAUCGGAUAGAUCGGGUUUUGAAUCUCUUUUGAGAGUUUACAGAGAGACUGACCUAAGCCAGGAAAAAACUCGAAUUUUAGGUUCGUUAGCAUCUUGUCCGGAUCCAGAUAUUAUUCUUGAAGUUCUCAACUUUAUGCUGUCUUAUGAGGUUCGAAGCCAAGAUGCUAUUUUUGGACUUAGUGUUAGUUGGGAAGGACGUGAUACAACUUGGAGGUGGCUGAAGGAAAAUUGGGAUCACAUCUCAAAAACAUAUGGAUCUGGAUUUCUAAUAACCCAAUUUGUCAGCGCAAUUGUCUCACCGUUUUCUUCCUAUGAAAAGGUGAAAGAAGUGGAGGAGUUUUUUGCAAGCCGUACUAAUCCAUCAAUUGCUAGGACUUUGAAGCAAAGCAUUGAGCGGGUUCACAUUAACGCGAAUUGGGUUCAGAGCAUUCAGAAUGAGAAACAUAUUGCCGAGGUUGUACAAGAAUUGGCAUACAGGAAGUAUUAGCCUCACUUCGGUCUUGGAAGAAAGUUCUUGAAGUGAAUUUUCGGUACUCGAUCUUUCACACAAGACCAACUUAUGAGGAGUAUUAACAACCAACAUUCCUAAAGAAAUAUAGUUUUGAGUUAGAAUAUUUUCUACAGUAGAUUGGUGGAUUAUGGUAUUACCUUUGUUUUAUUUCCUCUUCUGGUUGGUUCUUCUCAGAUGUUUGAGGUCAGUUCCUAAGUUUGGUGCUUGAGCAUUCAUAGCAUUCUUGAAUGAGCCACAAUAUUUGUGUUUUCUGAACCACAUGAUAUAUUUUUUUUCCUUUUUGUACUGAAAGAUCUUCUUGCACGUUUUUCGGGACAGGCCCGUGUCAAUAGAAGAAUUAGCAGUCGUUCUUCUAUCAACAGAAAUUUCAGAGUUUUUGUCCCUCUCUUGUAACUCGAAUCUGCACCUGGUCUUUAAUAAUGAGCAGAUAUGGCAUCUAAGCUGGGCUUUGCACUUCA